AUGUCGAAGAAUAUCCGGAUAAACCACAGGGAAACCCCCAUCUCGGCCUCAGUUGAGCGGCAAAAGCGCAGCUGUGAACGCUGCAAUGAGAAGAAAAUUGGAUGCGACCGACUGGACCCAUGCAAAGCCUGUUCUGAAUCUGGCAGUCCGUGCAUUUACCCAGAUAAGCGAGCACCGCGAACCUUGAAUCGUCCAUCAGUCCCUGGGCUCCUCACUCGCCUGGAGGAGCUGGAAGCGGAAGUUGAACAGCUUCGUUCUGUGAACCGUGACCAAGUGACGAAUGAGAACUCUCUCAAAGGAACGAAUCCAAGCCCGUCGGCUUUCUUCGACUUUUCUCCUCUCAUCCAGGACUGGUCUCGAGAAACUUUCUAUGAGUAG